CUGACUGCUUCUCUGGUAUUUGAUCCACGGCCCGCCCCUUUCCUCAUCCUCCGCUGCUGCGCCGCUCCACACACCCGGCGCACCAGCGGAGGAGUCCGGCUGCACUGGCGGCUGCUCUCUCGGACCACACCAACCUAUAUUACAUUUCGACUGGAAAGAUAAUUAAACCGGAGUCAACCAGUCUUUCUUUGUGGCUCAGUUUCCUGGGGGAACCAGAACCAGUGGACCAGCUGACCAGGGUGGAAGCAGCCAGGUCGUGCCCAGAAAGAGGUGCCCUAACCAGGAGUAACGGCGAAGAUGCAGGAUUAGAGGAUAAUCCAGGUAGAUGGUUCCUUGGUGCGACCGCAGAACCGUUUGCAGCUGGACCUAUUUCUGAGCUGAUGUCGACAAAGCCAAAGCCCAAAGCGAGCCAGGCAACCUGACCACACUCCAACUGGCCCCGGCUGCCUCCAGGAACACAACUGCUCAGUGUUCUCCUCAGUUUAUGUCUGUUUAAUUCAGCCAGCUAUGCAUAACAACGAGCUGCAAAGAGUGGGACAGAGCUUGGCCUGCACAUGAUAAACAGAGACAAUAUUCCACUGAACUAUUUGGCGCUGCAGGACCGGAGUGCAACUUUUCAGCUUUAGAAAUUACAUGGUUUCAAGAUCUUGGAAUAACCUCUCAGAGCUAUUUUUCUGGUCUGUAUUUUGGACUGCUGAACUGUCAAUGAUUUUUGCACAAAUCUGAGACAAGAAAAGAAGAAAACAGUCGGAUUAAAGGUGAUUCAAGACGUUGUUUCAGGUUGAUUUUGAAGAAGUGUUAAGCCAUUUGCCUCCUGUGACCAUGAAUCUUCAGGAAAAGCUUUCAGGCCUAAAAGGUCUGGUCUCACACUCCCACAGCAAGCGCCGCUUUAAAAGUGACCUCACGGUGGACAUGAUCAGCCCUCCCCUGGGUGACUUCCGCCACACCAUGCAUGUGGGCCGCGGCGGCGAUGUGUUCGGGGACACCUCCUUCCUCAGCAACCACGGCGGGACAGCCAACGGGAGCAACAGGGAAACCGAUUCCAUCUCCACCCCGGACAACAAGAUUGGAGCGUUCUUCUCCAGGACGCUCCGUCAGAUCAGGAGGGGCUCUGACAACCGACCCAGAGACGCAUCCAAGGAUCUGUCGCCACCGCCUCCCACCAUUUCUCCCAUCAUCAAGAACGCCAUCUCCCUCCCCAGGCUGGACGUGGAUAUGUCUAACGGGAGUCCCACCACCAAAGUGCUCUUCCCCAGUUCUCAAAGUACGCCAGAGGAGAAGAAAAGCUCCUAUGGUCUGGAGUCUGGUUUCGUCACCCUGCCUCGUCUCUCUCGCUCUGAGCGCCAGCAGCCCUCCAUCUCCCUCCCCACUUCCUGCUCCCCCAACAUCCACCGAGGCUCCCUGACCGACCCCACCGACGCCAUCUUGUCCUCCUGCUCCACCACAAUUGUGACCUCUGACCCCAAACCCACCACCACCGCCUACUCCGACUCCCUCCCCUCCCUCACCUCCCUGGACACCUUCACCUUUGACCUUGGCCCCUCCCUCAUGAGCGAGGUGUUCGGCCUGAUCGACGGCCACCAGGAGGAGCACGGCCACGCCUGGGAGGGAGAGGAGGCGGGGUCGGCGUGCGGGCUGACCAAUGAGGGAUCAGAGAUGGACUCGGCCACUAUCUCGUAUGUGGACUCCCUGCUGAGGGAGGACUGUGGGGGCAGGAAGAGCCCACAUGCCGCCGACUGGGAGGAUGAAACUGUGAUGGAGGUGAACGGAGUCGGGCUUUCUGUUAAAGUACCCGAUGUGGUGUUGGGGUCUCCUGAACGAGCGAGACUGGGAAUGGGGAUGGAAAGCGAGCGGUUCCAGAGUGCUACGAAUGUGCUCGCACGCCAUUAUGGUGUCGGGCUCUUAAAGGGACAGAGCAGGAUGGAGGCCACAGAUUCAGAGAUGAUGAUCAUCAGCCAACCCAAGAAGAAAAUGUCCUACAGCUACAUGGAUGACGAGGACGAAAUUAAAGUCUGAGCUGAGCAAAUCUGAGAUGUUUUCACACUAAACAAAAAAAAAAAUCUGAUGUAUGAUUCCUCUGUAAUUCCAGUCAAAUCAAUCGUCUAAAAUGUUUUUAUGGUCAACGAGGCUGGCUCUGUUGACAGGACAAUAACGAGAACUGCAACCUGAAUCCAGUUUCCUUAAUACUGGAUCUUUUACUUUACAGUUACGCUUCAAGGAUGUACAGUUCUGAUGCAAACCUGUGGCUGAAUGUAUCUAAAAGGAGUGAAAGACUUGAUGAUGAAAGUUUCCAAACUCUGCACAGAAAUGGAGACUGUGUUUUGUUUUUUCCCAAAGGUUGUGACUUAAAAAAGACUGAACAAAAAGGAGGCGUGGAAAGUGAGGAUGCACCAGAGAAUGUGGUCAGGAUUGGGGAAAACACCAGCAUUACUCAAAGUUAAAGAGCCUGUCAUUCACUUUUUACUUUAUUUUUGGCGAUACUACAAUCUCUUGUUAACUUUUCACUCAGGAAUACACUACCAGGAAGGGAAAAAGGGAAGAGAAGUAAUGAGAGAUCUGGAAUCUCAUUAAGAUAAACCAGAUAAACAUCUCAGUUGUUAAACUGCUUGGACUGAGGGAAUACGACAAGUUAACACCGUUAUUUGCAACAAGCAAUUAAAGCCUGAUCCAUAUAACUGUUCAUUUUAUGCUGCAGACCUAUAUUGAUACUCCAUGCACCUUUUACGAAUAUGAAGUCUGACUCCUGUAUUGCUUUUUAUAGAAGAAUUGUCAUUUAUAUGUUCUUUUAUACAACUGUACAUGAAGAUAUCAACUGACCUCCUAUAAAUAUGUACUUAGAGUAUGAGCACCUGCAGUACAUAGUGCAAUUCACAUCCAUAUGCUGCAGUCAGUACCAAUGAUAUACAAUGAUGAUAUAAAUUGACAAUAAAGAUGUUUUUAAUUAGG